AUGGGUCCGUGGCGGGGGCGGCGGGGACGCUUCAUCAGCUGGAUCCUCCUCGGCGUGCUGUCUGCGUGCUGCAUUCUUACACGGGCAGGAGAGCCUCUGCGCUCUCCUUGGUUGGACGCCGUCUGUGACAUGGAUUUGCUUGAAGACUGCUUGACGGACUCUCCGUCCUUGUGCCACAAGGCUGCGCGACUCAUCCGACGUGUGCAUAACCUGGACGGUGGCCAUCACUUCGUGGAGCCCAGCGAAGUACGGAACUUGUGCUUGGAUUUUUUAGCAUUUCAGGAGGGCCCGGCUCGGCCAGGGCAACACAUUACAAGAUGUUCGCGUGCCAUGCUCGCCAUGGCAGUCCUUUAUGAUGUAGUGUCGGACGAGCUCAACAGCACAUGUUCGACGGCUUCUGUGCACAAACAGUUUCCUAUUUUGGACAGUUUUGAGCAACGAGUCGCAGAGCUGAAGCAGGAUCGCCAACACAAGACUUGGUGGAAAGCUGCUUACAGCAAGCACACGCAGCUCGGCUCUGGUGGGGAGUUUCAGCGAAAGGGAGCCAAGUUGUUGCGGCUUUUGGCAAACCACACAGCGAGGUGCAAAGCCUUGGGGCACAAGUGCGCUGUUUACAACGCUUGGGAGCCAGAAGAGUGCUUCUCGCACGACGACUUGGUGCAAUCCUGGUCGCCGUCCUGCCAGGAUGCUAUGCAGAUCCCCAGAAGGCCCCCUAAAUUACGCCAGAAAGCGACUGAUUGGCUCGGGCUUGUCCAAGACUGUGCGGAAGGCUUGGAGAGCGAAAGGCCUCAGACUCAGCCUGAGAUGACGCGCAUGCUCGAGUGCCUGGGCCUGCCUUGGGGCCCUGUGGCCGGUGAGGACUACUUCGAGACCCUUUGCUUACUCCAAGCAGUACGGACUGCGACCAGCACAAGCACCUUUGUUGUGGUAGAGGCGGGUGCUAGCGUUGGCUACUGGGCACCAAAGGCCGCGAAAGCUUUCAGGCGUCGAUUUCCCGACACUGGAGCUUGUCAUUUGGUCUUGAUUGACUCGAUUGUACCUGCGUCUUCUGCCGCGGCGAACCUCCAGCGGAACGGCAUUUACGACCUGUGCAACAUCACCUUUUUCCAGUCCAGGGCAACUGCAUCGUUGCUGGAUAGACUCAUCGAUUUUUUCGGGACAGUCGAUCUGUUGCAUGUCGACAUCCAGGAGGCAGAGUUGGAGCUUGUGCAGAGGAGCGUCCGCUUGCCGCCUCUGGGUUGCACUGUGCGGCUUUUGGAUUGA